GAUUUGUUUAUAGCAAUGUUGAUAUAGAACAUUCGAUUUUGUCUGUUGUUAACGUUGAAAGCGUAUAGAUAGUUGAAUCGAGGAUAAUCGGCAGGCAGACUACAAAGAUUUUUAAAACCAAAAUGGAGAAAAACGGAAGAGUUUGGCUGAAUGUUUUCUUUUUUCUGGUCAUACAACGAUCCAACUGGCGGGGGCAAGCAAGCAUAACCCCGAACAAUAAUACAUCCUCGAUUGAAAGCACAUAUUCAGCAUCAAGUACAACAUUUUUAAAUCCUACCACAGCGUUACAAACAUCUGGUGUAACCUCAGUGACAAUGACUGCAAUUUCCAGCCAGCGUAUGUCAUCUUCAAUGUCAAGUCUCAGCCCUACAACAAUAUUAUCAAGAACACCUACACCAAAUGCAGCCACAUCCAAGAUGACCAGCCAAUAUCAAGCGGGAUCAACAAGUCAAAUAAGUUCAUCUUCAAUCGUACCAGAAAAAACUUCAGGGGUUCCUGGACGCCUUACAACUACAGAAUUGAAUACUGCUGUGUCACCUGCGACAACUAAGGUCGUUCCCGUCUCUUCGUCCGUGAAGAACGACAAUGAUAAAAAAAGCGAUGACGAACCUAAGGUUGAACUGUUUGUGUGGGAGUUUGUUGCUAUUGGUUGUGGAGUAUUUAUAUUUCUUCUUCUGAUCGUCAUUGUAUUAUUAUGCUGCCAAAACCGAUCAUUGAAAAAGAAAGCAAAAUGCAAUAACUACAGUCUUCCAAUCAAAGAGAAUGGUCAAUGGAUAGAUAACCAAGAUAUUCCUUUAUGGCAGAAAAGAGCUUCUGCUUUUGUUAGCGACAACCCCGUUGUUGAUGAGGCCCCGGCGCCAACCCUGACAACAUAAAAAUUCGAACCUGGAUCCCUACGCGUUUGUUUACAUUUUGUAUCAAUUUAUCUUAUUAAGUGUGUUAUAAUGAUCACUAAAUUAAUUAUAUUUAUCUAUAUCCAACCUGACGAUUCAGUCCUGCCAUUUAGUAACACCCCCAUAAGGUCUUAGAGCACUUUUACUUUCUAACGUUAGUUGAAAACGUCAAAAUUUUAAAAGGAAAGGGUCUUCUUUUCCCUGAAUUUGGGCAAAUUUGAAAAUCGAUUCUAAAAAUCAUUGCAAGCAGGCUAUCCCCUUCUGCGCUUCGCCCCCCCCCCUGCCGGCGCCACUGCCAGGCAUGCAAGUUUAAAGUUAGUAUGAUGAGUUAUUUGAGGUAGUAUAUCCUUUCAAAUGGACAAUCAAUUAACACUAAUAUAUUAGCAAAGCGGGAAAAAUCGUCGGCUAGGUAAGAUCUCUGAAAUACCAUUCAUCAGGUUUAGAGAAAAGAUGUCAUAUAAUCACGGCACAUACUCGACCUUAGUUAUUAUUUUGUAUAAGGGCGGGUGGUAGAUUAUAGUCGUGGCCAAUUAAAGGUUCCAAUCCAAUCGCCAGUGAACGUUAGUUAUUUUUACGGCCGUGUUAAACAGUGCAACUUGCAAUGCAGUGUCACUUUUGAGAGAUAUAUAUUAGUGAAGCGUUUUUCAAAAUUUGGUACACUGCUUGUUAGUUAACUCAAAAGUAGUGUUUCGUACGUCGGUGCCAGGUUGAGGCCCUGUUUACAUGCACUAUACCGGAUUCGCACGUGGCAUGCUAUGCUAGUUCACGAGUCACGACGUCAAAACUAGCCACUCUGCAGAGCGACUUUUACCCUCCAAAAUAUGAUAGCAUGAUUGCUUUAAUAUGGUCAGCUCAGUAAAAAAAAUUUUGUGAAUCCGGUAUAGUGAACAGCGUCAGAAUCAGGUGUGUCCGAGCGGGGAGCUCAGUGAUGGUCAUUAAAUUAGUUAUCUGUGAUUGUUAUGAAGCAUGAGGUUAAACGAUAAACGUUUUUAAAUUUACGUAUUAUGAUUAAUUCCAGGAUUUGCAAAGAGGGUUUUACCUUCAUGCCCUAGGUACGUCCUCGAGGGAAGAUAGCUCCAUGCGGGAAACAUAGUUUUAAGUGAAACUUUAUUAUUUAACUGAUGUAAAAGAAUGAAAUGUUCCAAUGAAGUUAAAAAAUGAAAGCCAUUCACCAUGGCACAA